CAGCGUCACCCCUUCCUAAACAUAAAGUUGAUCCCGAUUCCUCUGGUCGGCUGGUAUUCUUCAUCGUUUCCCGUUGUAAAAGAACAGCUGAUGCAAAACACCAAAGAAGAAGAACAACAACAAGGAAAAGAGAAGUAAUGAUUAAAUAUAGAAGAAGGAAGUAAUGCAACACACACUAUGGAUGACAGCUACAGUAAAACACCACCAACCAACCAACAAAGCAGUCACACAAUGGGAAAGAAAUCGGGGAAGAAGAAAGAGACUGAAACUCCACCCCAAGAAACGUUUGACACUCUACUCAGUACCCCAGCAACAGUAGUCCUGCUGCUGAGAUCACCUGAGGAGGAUAUCCUGAUUAAAGCCUGUGAAGCAACUCAUGCAUUUGCAGAGAAAGGAGAGGAGGACAAGCUUUCUCUGCUGGGACUUGGCGUUUUGGAGCCUCUCUGUCAGCUCAUCACUCACAGCAACAAGCUGAUCAGACGCAACGCCUUCAUGGCUCUGGGCAACAUGGCCUUGAAUGGUGACGUAAAGAAUGCUCUGAAAAAAAUGGACGUUAUUCCAUCGAUUAUAAUAAACCUAUCAGCUGAGGAGGAUAUAGUUGUCCAUGAGUUUGCAACACUAUGCCUGGCCGCUCUGUCGGUGGAUUUUGUCUGUAAGGUCAAGAUCUUCGACAACAAUGGUUUACCACCACUCAUCCAGCUCCUGUCCAGUUUGGACCCAGAUGUUCAGAAGAACUCACUGGACGUCGUCUUCAACCUAGUCCAGGCCUAUCAGUACCGCGUGGUGGUUCAUUUGUUGGGUGGCAUCCCCCCACUUCUGGAGCUGUUGAAUUCAGAAUUUCCUGUCAUUCAGCAUUUGGCUUUGAAGACGCUGCAGAAUGUCACGACUGACAAAGACACACGCGGCACCUUCAGAGAGGAGCAAGGAUUCGAGAGGAUCAUGGACACCCUCGAUAACAUGGACUUUGGUGACCUUCACGCCGAAGCCUUACGUGUAGUCGCUAACUGCUUGAGUGACACGGAGAGUGUACACCUGAUUCAUGAGCGUGGAGGCCUGGCCAGACUGAUGGAGUUUCUUCUGAUGCCCAGCAUGCCUGAAAUCCAGUCCAACGCUGUCAAAUGCAUCGCCAGGAUUGCUCUUAGCUCCGAAAAUCGGAAACUGCUGCACGAGCAAAAUGUGGAGAAUGUUCUGGUGGAACUUCUCUCCACAGAGGACAUCACUGUAAAAACAUCCGCCUGUCAGGCUGUGACUGCCAUGAGCUUCCACUUAUCGAGCAAAGAACGUUUCCGAAACCUGGGCGCCAUCCCCGUCAUGGUGGAGUUACUGAAAAGUGAGAGUUUGAAGCUGAGAGAGGCAGCAACCCAGGUCCUCUGUAACCUCACACACAACAACCAGCUUAAUUCACUAGCGGUGUACGCGGCAAAAGGCCACAAGAUCCUCAUCCAGCAGCUGUGCGGAAGCUGUCCGAGGGCAGUCGCCAACAGUGCCGCCACGCUUGGCACCAUGGCAAGACAGGAAGUCAUCCGCUGCAGCAUCUUGUCACAGGGAGCCGUGCAAGCUCUGGUGGAGCCCCUGAAGUCCAGAGACACAGACGUCUUGGUCAACACCACGCUGUGUCUGUCACUGCUGUCCUCUGACGCAGAAGCUAGAUCAGAGCUGCAGAGUAGUGGAGGCCUCCCCCCACUGGUCAAUUUACUGCAAACCUAUAACAAGGACGUAUUGCACAAUGCAUGCUUGGCAAUCAGCGUCCUUGCCCGUGAUGAACCUGCUGCUGCGGAGAUGUGCAGAUACGGAGCCUUGGAAAUGCUUCAGGAAAUCAACAUGUCAGUGAACCGCAGGAGCAAUUUCAGUGAGACGGCCAUGAAGAGCCUGCUCGACUCCAACUUGUCUGUUAAAUACAGCCUGACGGGUCAGUUGGCCUCCACCAACAUCAUCAGUGAUGGCUUCUAUGAUGCAGGGAAGGGUCGUGCAGGACAGAGGGUUCUGACUUUAGAGGAGUUUGCAAAUCAGCCGCUUAACCAGCGCCGGCCCAUCAUUGUUGUCAGCACAGCGUAUGAGUCCAGCCAAGAUCAUGUUUUAAUCCAGAGGAAGAAAGGGAAACAUUUGAAGCUGAGGGACGACAUCUCAUUGCAGAGUUUAGUUAAGACAACCAAAGAAUGCAUCCUCCCACUGGAUGAUGAACGAGAGCAGUACGCUGCCUUGGCCAGGCUGGUGAGUGAAGCCAUGGGUGGAGAGGUGAAGAAGGAGAAGUUGCAUGAAUUUGCAUGGGUGCUCCACAUCAGUGAGCUCAAGUCUCAGCUGCAGUCCAACAUUAUUCCCAUUGGAUUGAUCAAAAGAGGAUUCUACUGCCACCGGGCACUUCUCUUCAAGUAUCUGGCAGAUUGCAUCAGAGUGAGCAGCACACUUGUUAGGGGCGAGUAUGAUCGGGCUUGGAACGAGGUGUUCUUCUUCACCGGGAAUUGCGCCAGGAUUGGACGCUGUUCGCAGCCCAGCCGCUACAUAGUUGACCUCAUGCACCAGCCUGGAAGCCUGUUGGCAGCUAAUGACCCUGCUGCUGUACGUUACCAGACUAUAUAAGCCAGUAACACUAUAUCGCAGUUAUUCCCAGAGGAACAGGUGGACCUCAGACCAGGCUAUAAAAAUACUUCCAUUCACCAAUAUAAUUUAAACCUAUUUUUUGUUUUGAGGGGAACAAAAUCAGUAUUAAAUGUUUUUUUUAGUUAUUUACAAACGCAACACAGUGCGUUUUUUCGUUAUAUUUUGAUUAAUAUUGUAAUCAUUUGUAAUGGAGACAUUUUUAUUUCCAUUGUUAGCUGAUGUACAAAUCUGGGCAUCACAAAUUUUGCAGAUGUUUUUUGUCAGUAGUUUUGUUGCA